CUUGUUAUUUUAUUAUACAAUCGACCCACGGCGAACCUGCCUUCAGCGGCACCAACCUCCGUCAGUGAACUGGGUGGUAGCGAGUCUGACCGCAACUCAGAGAGGCCGGCUAUUCACACGCCUGUCCACGUCUACGAAACAAGCGGAACUCUGGGUUGCGCAAACACACACACGAAAUCACGCACACGAGAGGAGUUUGAACAGCGCAUGGCUGUGUGCACGAACUGUGACACGCCAUUGGGACCGCUUCGUUACAUCACCACCUUCCAGCUCCUCGGUUCUGCGCGCCUGUCAACGCGCGACCGAAUGCAGGCACAAACACACCUCUCGUACAUCAUCUGCUGUUGCCACGACCACGACCCCGACGAAGAUGCCUCGCCAGCAGCACCACCACCACCGCCGCCGCCGCCGCCAGGGGCUGUCAUAAAGCAUUUCCCGGUGAAGGGGGCAAGACAACUAGCCUUUACCGAGCCGGUGACGACGCUGGGUGACCGGGCUGGAGUUAUUGCCGCUUUACUGUGGGUCAGAAGCUGA